GUUUUGGAUAAACUGUUACUGGUGGGUUACAGCAAGAGCAGGAGUGAAGAGAAAAGAAAGACAGAAACAGAAGGUGUUUAUCUGAGGCUCAGAGCUGCAGCUGUGAAGCUCGACUGACAGACGGACACCUCGGACCAGUCCUAAGAGCUUUGUUUAGAGAUGAGUUUCCUCUCAUAUCUGUCUGUGACAUGGAGUCUAGUCGUAGUGGCGGUCACUCUUCUGUUUAUUUACAGUCUUUGGCCGUAUGGAUUUUUUAAAAACCUGGGCAUUCCUGGACCAAGACCCUGGCCCUUUUUAGGAACCUUCAUGUCCUACAGAAAGGGUUUUUACAAUUUUGAUAUGGAAUGCUUCAAGAAAUAUGGAAAAGUUUGGGGAAUAUAUGAUGGAAGACGACCAAUUCUGAUGACCUUAGAUCUUGAAAUGAUCAAGUCUAUUAUGGUAAAAGAAUGCUUCUCUACCUUCACUAACAGAAGGGAUGUAAAUAUGGAAUUGGCUGGUCCCUUUACUGAUGGGAUAACUAUUGUAAAAGAUGAAAAGUGGAAACGAAUCCGUGCUUCGCUUUCUCCGUUCUUUACGAGUGGACGACUGAAAGAGAUGUUUCCUAUUGUUGAGAAAUAUGCAGCUCGCUUUAUUGACUAUUUAAAGAAAAAAGAUCCAAAAGAAGCCGUCAAAGUUAAAGAAGCCUUUGCUCCCUAUUCCAUGGAUGUAGUGACCAGUUCCUCCUUCAGCGUUGAAAUUGAUUCCAUCAACAACCCUGAGGACCCGUUUGCCAUCAACGUCAAGAAAUUCUUCAACUUUAACUUCUUCAGUCCAUUGAUCGUGUUAAUUACCAUCUUUCCCUUCCUUGUUCCGAUUUUAUCCAAAAUGGGGGUGACCUUGUUUUCCAAAUCAGCCAUGGAGUUUUUCUACAGUGCGUUGAAAAAGAUCAAAGACCAGCACAAUUCGAAGGAAAAUAGGCGAGUGGACUUCCUGCAGCUCAUGAUCCAAAGCCAAAUAACUGAUGAACAAGCUGAGAAAGCUGAACAUCAACCUAGCAAAGGCUUGACUGAUCAUGAGAUUCUUUCCCAGUCCUUCAUUUUCAUUCUGGGCGGCUAUGAGACGACCAGCACCACCCUCACUUAUCUACUGUAUAACCUCGCAGUUAACCCCGACUGCUUGAGCAAACUGGUGGAGGAGAUCGACACAACCUUUCCACAUGAUGCUCCAGUGACAUACGAUGCACUAAUGAAGUUUGAGUACCUGGAAAUGGCUAUUAAUGAGUCGAUGCGUCUUCUUCCAACCGCUCCUCGUCUGGAGAGGAUGUGCAAGAAAACAAUCGAGCUGAAUGGAAUCACCAUUCCCAAAAACACUCUGGUUGGAAUUCCUACAUACGUCCUGCACAGGGAUCCACAACUCUGGGAUUCUCCGGAAGUGUUCAGACCUGAGAGGUUCAGUCCCGAGAAUGACAUCAACCCCUACAUGUUCAUGCCGUUCGGUCUCGGGCCUCGUAACUGUGUGGGAAUGAGGUUUGCUCUGCUGAUCAUGAAACUGGUGAUAGUCAAGCUACUGCAGAACUUUACUGUGGAGACGUGCAAAGAAACACAGAUUCCCAUUCAACUCAACGCACUCUUUCAGCCAAAGGUUCCUGUGACUCUAAAGUUUGUUCCAAGAACUCACAACAAGGAAUAGUUCAGUAUGAUUUCCUUCCAUAGAGGAUCCCAUAUCUUUUUAUACUUAUAUACUCCUCUUUUAUAUUGAACAGAUAAUUGUGCAUAUGGUUUACUGUAUUUGAUCUGCAAUAAUCUUCAAUCAUGACUUUAUGUUUAAUGGAUAUCAUUUCUACUGUGUAAACUAGAUGUUUAGGUUUGAUGACACUAUAAUUAGUUGUGAUUCCAUACACACACAAGGAUUAGGUACAGUAUUUCGUAGUUCGCCUACAUCUACACUAUUGAAGGUUCCAGCAGAACCAUUAUAAACCUUAUAAUGUAUUUUUGGAUAAUUUUUUUUGUGUGUACAUUCAGUAUCAGAAUCAGUUUAUUCAUCAUACACAGUGAGUGCAUAAGAAAUGCGUUCUAUUAUAUUCUUUCCAUUAUUAAACUGUGCAAAGGUUAA